AGGCAUUGUGGGAGUUACAGUCUUUUACAAUCCACCAAUCACGAGGGAGUGUGAUGUAAACAAGGAAGUCGUUGAAAAAUUAUAGGAGAGUACAGAGAAGAGUGGGGAGUGAUCACACGGAGCUGUUUUUCAUGAGCCAGCCAGUUCAAAUCCCGGGCCUGCCGUGGGAACAAUAGCUGGAAUGUGAGUUGGCACCCCCAGUAUCGAAAUCCUAUAUCCCAGCUGUUCCAUGGGCCCCACGCCCACUGCUCUGACCUCUCCACUCCAAACUGUGUAUAGUCAUUGUAGCUCUCCUGUUCCAUGCUUCAUAAAGCCUAAGCCUACAGAAUGGAGGAAAGACACAAAAGGAUUCUCCAACGCAAUAGGGUCAAUCUCGUGAGAGACCUGAACCCGUCAGAUAUGUAUCAUGGACUUCUGUCAGAAGGAAUCUUUACUCAAGACAUGAUCGACGAGAUAAAGAGCUCAGGGAUCAGACAAGACCAGGCCAGGCAGUUGGUUCGAGACCUGGAGACCCGCGGGAGUCUGGCGUUCCCAGCUUUAAUAGAGUGCCUUCACGAGACAGGGCAGCAUAGUUUAGCAGAGCUCCUACUGGAUGGAGAACCACAGAACCAGCCUCUACCUCAGUCUGUCCAUGUCCGGCCAGUCGUUAGGCCUUUACCAGUUUACUCACCUAUGGACACUGUCAAGCCUGUUCAAGUGGUAACCCCUGUCUAUCCAACUCAAUCAGUGAAGGCUAUGCCCACCACACCCAUUCCAUGUACAGUGGCAAGAAAAACCCCUGAAAGGGAGUUUGGAAAACCCAGGGCAACAGGAAGAGUUAGACGUGACAGUAUUCAGAGUUAUAAGAUGGAUGCCAACCCCUGUGGACACUGCCUGAUCAUAAACAAUGUCGAUUUUGAGCCUAAGUCGGAGCUGAGUAAGCGCACAGGGUCCAACAUAGACUGUGAAAAACUGGAAAGAAGAUUCAAAUCUCUGAACUUUAUUGUUCUUGUCAAGAGAAACCUGAAACAAAAGCAAAUAAAGCAGGAGCUUUCGGCUUUGUCCAAGAAGGAUCAUUCACAGUAUGACUGCUGUGUGGUGAUCAUGUUAUCACAUGGGACGGAGGUGUGUAACAAUCGCUUCCCCGGUGCAGUGCAUGGAGUGGAUGGGCCCAAUGUCCCAGUUCAGCACAUUACCAACUACCUGAACGGUCAGAACUGUCUUUCCCUACAGGGCAAGCCAAAGAUCUUCUUCAUCCAGGCCUGUGGGGGAGGUGAGAGAGACACAGGCUUUGAGGUGUCUCCUGACGAGGCAAGGCCUUGUAUUGGAGGAACAGGUGACCAGACAGACGCAAUGCCUAUGUCCUCCAGCAGUGACUCUCUGAGCACUCAGUCUGAUGAGCCAGACGCAAAGGCCACACUACCCACACCCAGCGACAUACUGGUGUCCUACUCCACCUUCCCCGGUUACGUCUCCUGGAGAGAUACCCAGGCUGGCUCCUGGUAUGUAGAGACACUAGAUAACAUCUUAGAAGAGAAUGCUGCCACUGAUGACCUGGUCACCAUGUUAAUGAUGGUAAGCCAUGAAGUUUCAGAAAACUCGGCCAACGGCCUCUACAAACAGAUGCCUGGUUCCUUUAACUUUCUACGCAAACUUCUCUACUUCCAAGCCCUGCCCUGCCAGAGACCAAUCCUGUCAUGACAGCACAGAGUUUCACUCUCAGGAAAUUGUCUCUUCAUGUGCCCUUUUAAAACAAUUAGAAUUUUCUCUAUCAAUGUUUAUUUGGAUAUGUGAUCAAAGAGUACCAAGAUUGUAAUUUUGUUGACAUUUUUCUAAUGUUCUUUCUUUUCUUGUUUUUACACUCAACAUUUUUGAGAAUGCAAAAUCAUUGUGAAAAUCAAAAAAAUUGCAGCGGGAAAAAAACAAUGGUUUACCUAGAGAAGCUCUCUGCGAAAUAUCAAUCAGGACUGUUGAUGACCUUACUAUUAGCCAGAAAAUAAAUUGUAUAUAAUAUGUAA